AUGAGAAAACCAGAGAUGGAAGAAGACGGGGGUCCGUCCCCCGCUCGCGCGAUCGCCGACCCCGUCGACAAAGUCUGGACCAGCCUGGUGCCGCGGCACCAGUGCUUCAUCGACCGGUGGCCUCCGGACGAGAUGGCGGCGGGAGGGACGGCAGAGGGGGGGCGUGAGCAGGGUGCUGGACCGUCGCUUGAGGCACGUCUGCUGAUCGAAGAGUGGCUUCGCAGCAGCAAGGGGAGCCCGCGCGUCUGCGCCGAGCGACUCAGGCGGCUGGCGGAUGCCCGGGCUUCGUGGAGAUGGCCGGAGGCGUGUUUCCUGGCGAGGGACGUUGCGGAUGUUCUGCUUACGGGAGCGAUGAAGCUCCUCCCCGGAAGCUCCCGCGGCGGCUCAGCCCCCCGGUCCCCCCCCAUCCUGGUGGUACACACACGCCUCGUCGACCACGAGCGGUGCCCCCCGGCCCAGUACACCAAAGGCCUGAGCUACCUCGUGCAGACGCUGGCGGCGGAGAGGAGAGCCAACGGCGGCGGCGGCGGCGGCCGCAGGAGUCGCCGGCGAGCGUCUUGCGAUUCCUCGGCAUCGGGAUUUUUUUUCGGCGACAGCGAGGAGAGCGAGGGCGACUACGGCGGAGACGUUCGCCACGACAGCAGCGGUACCGGCGGUGGUUCUCCGGUACCUACGGGGUCCACAUGUUCGAGCGACUCGGAGCGAGGGCAAGCGGAGGUGAUCCUAGUGAUCGACGCCCACAAGGACACCGUGGGGGCCAAGGUGAAGAAGAUCAUCAGCCUCUUCAUCGGCGGGGGCGGAGAAAGCGACGAUGGGAGCGCCGGCGGGGCGAAGGCAGGGAAGGGGACCCCGCGAGACAGCCUGAAAAAAGGUGCUGCAG